GUUUCUUCAUGGCAAUUCACCCUUCCCAACUUCUCCUAGGUAUAGGGAGAUGAUUUUCAGCUGAGAGUGUUCAAACAAAGCAUCUGCAAUGGUGCUUCCUAGCAAACGUUUUACCACCUGGUUUGGCUGGUGGUAUAAAUUGGCUGUUAGAGGUGAGAAACAGCAUGGUCUGCUUCUCUUGACGGCUAGAUCCCAGGAAUAGAGGGAGAAAGAAAGAGCGCAAGUCAAUUGAAUCAAUAAAGUUGACGGUCGAAGGGUGGUUUGUGAUGGAGCAAAUGAAGGCAACUGCUGAAACUUUGCGGCGAGAAAAUAGGGAUUUGCUCCUGAAGCUUCGUGCCACCGAAGAAGGCUUGCGAUCUGUGUCCCAAGAAAAAGAUAAUCUGAUGAUCCUGGUUCAGGAACUCAAGAACGAGAGGGAUAUCACGAACGACAACAUGAUUCGUCUUUCCAGGACCAUUGAGAAGACAGUUGCGGCUAAUUUGGAGCUACAGGAACACGUCAGAGCGACAGCUAGGUUUUCUAAAGGAUGUCGUGAAAUUCUACAGGAAUCGAGAAGAGCAACUUUUGAUAAAUCCACCCAAUACAGGCUGGGCCCAACAACAGAUGAGAUGAAACGCAAAUUGGAGCAAUUAGCUAUUGAACUCGGCCAGCAAGUGGGCGAGAAAGAGCGCUUGUUAGCAGAAAACAAAGAGAAGACGGAGAGCCUGCAGAAAGCCAUGAGGAAGUCUGCGCGCCUUAAGAGGAUAAUGGACAAUUGCUGGAAUACGGUGAUGAGCCUAAGAAUGGAAAACGACCGCCUUCGAUGCUCACUGGUGUUAAUCACAGAGAAGGAGGUGAUGAACAAACUCUCAAUCAUGGAGAAGAAGAAAGACUAUAUUGCCAGUGUGACUUGUCACCUGAAGGGUGAACGGGAGAGACUGAAAGCGGUUGUAACCAAAGGGCUUGCGCGGGUCUCGCACAGCCACGCCGCCCAAAUCCGGAAGCUUCAGAAACAGUACGAACAAGCCAGCAAAGAUCUUUGCUGUCUAUUGGAUGACAUUAAGUACUAUUUCUUCAGCUGGUUCAAGGAGUACAAUGACUAUUACAUGAGCAUCUCCCGGAACACGAUGGAUCUGCUGGAGGAGAAUAUAAAACAGCUGAAGGUGGUCGUGCAGAUCCAAAACCUGAAGAAGGUGGACCAAAAUGGGGAUGAGUUUGAAGAGAUGACAAUCCCUGCCCUGAGAGAGAAACUGGAUGUCUUCUUAGAGGGUAUUUUGGAAGAAGUUUCUGCGUUGGAGGAAGAACUCCUCGCAAUAGAAGCCAAGGUGCAGGAACUGGAAAACAGCCAUGAAGAAAGGAAACAAUACGUAGAAAAGUGCAGCGCCUCUUUCUCCAUGCAAGAAUUUGAGAAAGGAAUUGGCUCCGACACGGAGACGCUCCGACAUAUUUUAGAUACCCUGAAACCAAUCUCUCAGGCUCUCAGCCGGGCUAGAAAAAAGGUGGUGCUCAGGCACGCCUUUUACAGCAAAGAGUCUGAAGUGACAAUGAAGACAUCCAGAGAGAAAUCCAAGCAAUGGCUUCACAAACUGGCGGUGCUCCAGGAACUGCGUGCCGCCUCGCCAGCUACUGCCCGGGAACUGGAAGAAGCCAUGAAAUUAGAACAGAACUUGACCGCAGUGGAACGGGUGAUGGUGGCCCAGUUAGAUGAAGCAGCCGCUCUGGAGAAGGAAGAACCAGAGACAAUCACGCUUCAACCUGCUAAAGAUGAUGUGGCGUAAGGGCCAGUGAAACGGAAGAACACAAGGGAUACUUCUGUUCCAAAGACUUCCAUUGAUCAGCACCACGUUUUUAACAAUACUACUGUUUUUUUAACUUGCUGUAUAUGCACAACGAAAUAAAGCUAGCUAGUUCUACUCACUGGAAGCACCAGAUAAUAAAACUGCUCACUGAGUUCA